CAGAGAGAGAUGGGUGCCCGCUUCUAAAUCUCGAUGGGUGUGGAGGGGGUGCGGCAUUGACCAUAUCAAAGAUAAUGUAGAACGUAAUACGGACUCUGUGGAAUCACAGCAGUGUGUGAAGUGAAUGAGUCAAGCAGCGAGAGAAGAAUUACUGAACGCUCGCUGUGUAAGGCUAGUCCAGGGCCAAGCAACAGCGCGAGAUGGCUCCCCGAGUGGCGGUGAAAGCAACCCCCAAAAGGCGAAUGAAAUGUGGUGGAUUGCAGGUGACGGGCGGCAACAAGGGCAUCGGGCUGGCCGUCGUGCGGGGGCUGUGCAGGCGCUUCGACGGAGACGUCUUCCUCACGGCGCGCGACGCGGCGCGCGGAGAGGCGGCGGUGGAGCAGCUGCGACAGGAAGGCCUGAAUGUAAAAUUCCACCAGCUUGACAUAGGCAGUCAAGAAAGUUUAGAUGUUUUCAAAAGAUACAUUGAAGAACAUUAUAAUGGUUUAGAUGUUUUGGUUAACAAUGCAGCCAUAGCAUUCAAGAAUGAUGAUCCUACACCAUUUGGAGUUCAAGCAGAACAGACAAUCCACACCAAUUACAUACGACUGGUGGCAACCUGUAACACACUCUUUCCACUUCUGCGACCUCAUGCCCGGGUUGUGAACCUCUCAAGUAGUUUAGGUCACUUAAGUAAAAUCCCAAGUAAGGAGCUGCGAGCUCAAUUGAGCAGUCCAUCACUCACUGAAACACAGCUGACAGAAAUCAUUCAGUCAUUUGUCAGGGCAGCCAAAGACGGAACUCAUUCUAAAGCAGGCUGGCCAAACAGUACAUAUGCAGUCUCCAAAGUAGGAGUCAGUGCUUUAUCAUUUAUCCAACAAAAAGCAUUUAAUAAUGAUUCUCGAGAGGACAUUGUAGUAAAUGCUGUGCACCCAGGAUGGGUUAUAACAGACAUGAGUAGUCACACUGGACUAUUAACACCUGAGCAAGGUGCAGAUGCUCCCCUGUUCUGUGCUCUCCUGCCACCAAAUGUAACUGCUCCUCGAGGGGCUUACGUCUGGUGGAACAAGCGAAUUGUUGAUUGGACUGGACCUACCACUCCAUCAGAAAAUGAAUAGUUUACAUCCUUGAAUACUGUUUCCCUUUUAAUCCAGAAAUAUAAGAACAACACAUUUUAACAGAUGUGAAUGUAUUACUAACGUGCAGCGGUGCAACCAGGAUUUUUCUGUGGGGAGGAAGGGUAGGUGCAUUGUCCAGUUAUGUUUAUUUGCUGAUUUAUAAUUAUUUCCAAUGUGUUCAGUUGCAACACUAAAUGACUUUUGUUACUAUAGAAACUUAGAAAAAACUUAGUAAAUUGUGAACAUGUCAUGGGCUUCUAGGGUGAGAGGGGAUCAAUUGCUCCAUGAGCUCCUCCUCCACUGGUGCACUGCUGCAAAUAUGUAAACAUUUUAUUAAGUUUGUCAGAAAAUGUCAUUUCAAAUAACAAAUAGUCAUAUUUCAAAGAUAUAUAUUUAUCUAAGCAAGUUAUAUUACCAAUGUAAAAUUAUCAGUCACAUUUAAAAGUAUGCCAUUGGUAAGAAUAAAUAUUUGGGUUUUGUCUGUAAGUUAUACCCUAAAUAUCAGUUUUAAUAGAUAGCUUUUUUGGCAUCCCCCUUAAAGGUGAAGAAUGUUUUGGCAAUUCAAAAAUUUACUGAGAAGGUACUUGAUUCAUAGUCACACCUUUACACAAAACAAAAAUAAAUCAUCACCAAACCAUUUGCAGAGAAUCUUUCACUUAGGAAUGAAAACAUUAAACUGAAAAAAAGCAGCUAUUACAUCUAAUUAUAAUAAAAUAAUGUUAAAUAUUUUCAAAAAUUGUUAAUGAUUGAAUAAAAAUUUUGUGAUCAUUCAAAUAGGAUUAUGUGUCCAAAAUAGAUUUCUUAAGGUGUAGAUUUUAAUAAAUGACAAAAAGUAAUAAAUAUAUAAUU